AGUCAGGAGCGCUCUAGUGGGGCGACAGAGCGGAGGUGACAGCGGAGAAUGGAGAGAACCCAGUUCGCUCGGCGAGCUUUGACCGAGGAGAACCCACUCGGCCCUUUCAUUCUGGAGCCAGCGUGCUGAAAGACACCGGGAGGAAUUAGUUGGGGGGCAAAGGAAAGUAAUGGCUGAUCCUCUGCGGAGGACUUUAUUAGCGAAACUCCGGGGGAAGAAGUCCAAGAAAGGAGCGACGCUCGGUGGUGGAUACAGCUCUGCUGCUGCGGCGAAUGGGGGCCGAGAAGGUAAAGAAAAAGUUUUGCAAACGCAGCGAGAUUCCGACGAGGCUCGCCCGGUAGUUUUCUUCACAGGGCUGGAUUUCACAGCAGAGAGAAUGAGUACGUACGAGAAUUGUGCUGCAGGAUCGGUGGUGCAAACCGCGGGGGUUAGAAUAGUCCCAGAGAGUCGCGCUGCAGAGUUGGCUGGCUCACGUCCGCAGGAGCCGAGCAGCGGGGGCAGGGUUCGCGUUAAUGAGGAGCUCCUGGGGGUCCCACUUCAAAGAGACGUGCAGUUUGAGGGAAAUGUAUUUUGGGAGAAAGACAGGAGCCACCAGGGACCCACAUCCGCUGACAAAAUCACGACGGGUAUCCCACUCGGACGACCGCAUGUCCAAAGAAAACAUUUUGUGCAGUGCAGGGUUGGAGAUUCAAUCGGGUUUGGGGACAAUUCAAAUCAUGUUUUAUACCGAUCACAGGUACAGGCCCAUCCGAGGGUUGUUACCCCAGUAAAGCUUAGGGUUACUGCUGCUGAUGGUGAGGGGGCAGAGCAAAGAAACAGAGGACACUCCCGGCACAUGGCAGGCACCGUAGUGGCUGUACAGGAAAACAACGCCAACUGGAGUUUUGACAGCGGUCCAAAUUUGGAGACAAACUCGCCAAGUUGCACAGCACUUGUGUAUCCAAACUGUGUGUCAAGAAACUUGGAAGAAAACCCUUUAAUCAGAAAUAUUGAAAGCUAUGGACCAGACUAUGCAGAGGAUAUUAGAGGAACAGCAGGUGGUCUGCAAAGCCCAACUUUUUUCCCUACAGAGCUACAAAUUUGCAGCCUUAAAGUGACGUCUCUCUGUACUACAGAAAGGACACUUAGAUACCCUUUAGAAAGUGAAGAUGAGGAUUACUAUGAUAAUGAAAUCCUGCCCUUUUAUGAAAGAAUUAGACCAAAAACAGAUGGUGAUAGAGCAGAGAAUGUUGAGCCUGGUCAGGAUAAAGGACAGGUUGAUGACAGUAACAGUGCCCAGGAGACAGACAAACUUAGGAACCAGCUGCAAGAGGCUUAUUACCUUCUUAUCAAUGCUAUGAAUGAUAUCAACCUCGAUGUCCAGCAGAUUAGUGAUGGUUUAGCUGAGCAGCAAGCUACUUCCUCCUGUAGCAGCCACUCCAGGGACAGUCUGUGCUCCAGGUUGUCUAUCAAAAACAUGGACAGUGACUCAUGGUCUUCAGGAGGCGACAACAGUCCUCAGCAAGUAUCUGAUACAGACUCACUCCUGCUCUGCCUCACUGAGAAUCUGGAGUCAAAGGCAAGACUGAACAGUACGAGCAUGGUCAACCUCUCACUGACCAAAAGACCCACAUUACUGCGUUCUGUUAGUGAUGGAGCUAUUAGAUAUCAAGGCAGACCUUUAGCCUCUAUCCAGGCACCUGGAAUGCAGAAUGCAGACAUCGUUGAUGACGAAGCUGCAAAGAUAAGUAAGGCUAAAGGAGCUGACACCAAAUUAGCAGGUGAGCCGUCUGAACCUCAGGUGCUUUGCAAUGCCAUCAGCUGUGAGGAGCUGCAGCAAGAAGCUGGAGGUGAAGAAGACUGUGGCGGGCAGCUCAAUGAGAGCAGCGGCUCAGUCAACAGCCUAACUGGGUCCUCAGAUAGCAAUACCGAAGCAGCAACGCAGGGUCAGGACAGUAAGCAGGAGCUGACUGAAGUCCGAGUACAGGUAGUCAGCUCAGUGAACAAAGCACAUGGUGUUACUGUCAAUAAGAUGCAAGAGUGGAUGCACAAGGGUCGCCUGCUGUCGUCUGAGAUGAAGCAGCGUAUUGAAGGCUCGUCUUUGCCUCGUGGUGGAGUCCACAGUCAGGACAGGCCCUGUCCUCCAGCUAGCCUCACAGGAUGUAAACCGGGGGUCCAGGCAUCCAGCAGAGGUGGUAAAUCUGUUAAGGCCAAGUCCACUACAAUCAAGUCACUACGACAGCAGCAGCCAGCUUUCUUUGAGAAUGUCCAAAUCCCGUGUGCUAAUGGCCGAGAGGUGAGCAGACCGAACAACGAGCCUUUGUCAUGGAGGCCGCAGCUUACCACCAUCACAGUCUCCAAGAAGCGCAACUGGUUGCAGCAGAGUUCCCAGGUAAAGAAUCACUACAGGGAUGAGCUGCAGGGAAUGCUGGGAGUUGAUGAGGAGAGCAGUCAGGGCUCCCACCAGCCACCUCCUCCUCCCAGUCCCUCUCCAGACAACCAGAAACCUACAGGGGGAACACCGCCACGGCCAGUACGCCUGCAGCUGCUUGAGGUAAACGUUGGUCCGACAAAGGUGUCCCCUCAUCCUCGGAGUGUGGAUCCAGCUGAAGAGAACGAUGCAGAUGAUGAGGGGGAGAUUUGGUACAACCCAAUCCCUGAGGACGACGAACCAGAGAUUGCUCAUCGACCCUCUGUUCGAAUUCUCAUUCCACCUCGAACGGUCCCUCAGAGGAGGCCGAGCAGGGGAGGGGACGCAGGUCAGGGUGGCAGGGCCCUGGAGGGAUCCCUCGGAGCCGGGCCAGAAGCACUCAUUGAAAACCUCGGCAGCAGUUUAGGAGAUGUGAGUCAGGGAAAUGCUGCACAUUCCUCAGAGGUGCUGCAUGCGCACAGACAGAUGCUUGCGUGCAAACCUCAGGAGGAGGGGGUGCUUUCCACAAGCCGGCCAACAGAUGGUCUUGAAGUGCCCAGUGCUGCAGGCUUCUCCCCUCCCUCCAGCCCAAACCCAGCCAAAAAGAGCAGCUCCAUCAACUGGUCCUUUCCUGACAAGAUCAAGUCCCCGCGCACUGUCAGGAAGAUCUCCAUGAAGAUGAAGAAGCUUCCUGAGCUUAGUCGUAAACUCAGUGUCAAGGGGACCCAAAGUAACAGUAACAGCAGCAAUGGCAGUAAUCAGUUGGAGCCCAGGUCCCAUUCUCCUCGCGCCAAUGGCAGUGGAUCCGAGACUGUCCCUCAUUCUUCAGGUCCUCCUCAAUUAGCGUCAUCUGGAGGUGGGCAGGCAAGACGUAAUGUGAUUUCACGCUACCACCUGGACAGUAGUGUGUCCACACAGCACAGCUUCAGUAAAAAGAAAAGUAACGGCAGCUCAAAGUCCGCCAGUAAAGGUGGCUACCUCAGCGACGGUGACUCGCCAGAGCUGGUGGCCAAAUCUGGGAAACACGGCUCGGCUGAAGGGAAGGGAGGUAAAGGCAAGGAGAUGGAAGGAGGAGGUGGAAGCUCCAGAGUCAAUGGCACAGAGCUAGACAUUGAUGCUUUCCGUCAUUACAGCUUCACAGAGCAGCCAAAGUGCAGCCAGUACAUCUCUGGACUCAUGAGUCUUCAUUUUUAUGGGGCAGAGGACCUCAAACCUCCACGCAUUGACUCUCGCGAUGUCUACUGUGCCAUCCAGGUGGACUCGGUUAAUAAAGCACGAACUGCUCUCCUCACCUGUCGAACUACCUUUUUGGAUAUGGACCACACCUUUAACAUCGAGCUGGAAAACGCACAGCAUCUGAAGCUGGUGGUGUUUAGCUGGGAGCCCACGCCGAAGCGUAACCGUGUCUGCUGCCAUGGCACGGUGGUGCUACCUACACUCUUCCGGGUGACACGUUCCCAUCAGCUGGCAGUGAAGCUGGAGCCACGGGGACUGAUCUACGUCAAGCUGAGCCUGAUGGAGCAGUGGCAGAACUCUCUGGAUGGCGGGCCGGAUGGAGACAGGGAGCCGCAGGUGUUUGGUGUGGAGGCGUGGCGGGUGGUGGAGAGGGAAAACACAGGACUGAUGGUGCCGCUCCUAAUAAGCAAGUGCAUCAAUGAGAUUGAGAAAAGAGGCUGCCAGGUGGUGGGUCUCUACCGUUUGUGUGGUUCUGCAGCAGUAAAGAAGGAGCUACGAGAGGCGUUUGAGAGAGACAGCCACGCCGUGGAGCUGUGUGAAAACACGUAUCCGGACAUCAACGUCAUCACAGGAGUGUUAAAGGACUACCUUCGCGAGCUUCCCUACCCUCUGAUCAACAAGCAGCUGUACGAGGCAGUGCUGGAGUCUAUGGCCGCAAGACCACUGAAGAUGGGAGCAGCAGGGUGUGAAAACGACCAAGCUGACUCGGAGCACACCGCUAGCCUGCUGGAAAACUUGCCAGAGGUGGAGAAGAUGACAUUGCGGAAGCUUCUUGAUCAUUUGAAGCUGGUGGCAUCCUACCAAGAAGUGAACAAGAUGACAUGUCAAAAUCUGGCUGUGUGUUUUGGCCCAGUACUUCUCAGCCAGCGUCAGGAGGCAUCCUGCCACACCAACCGCGUCUUCAUCGACUCUGAGGAGCUGGCAAGCGCGUUACACUUCAAAAAACACAUUGAAGUUCUGCAUUACCUGCUGCAAGUCUGGCCAGUAGUGGACCCACAUGACCAGUCCUGUUUUCAUCCCCAUGCAGCAUCUGUGGCUCCGGUCUCAUCUGACCUGCUGUCACCUCCUCCUCUGCGAAGGAGGAAAGAGCGCCCUCAAGUCCUGAACCUCACAGAAGCAGAGAUGGCGGGCGUUCUGCGGCCCAAGCCAGGACGUCUAGACAGCCCCAGCAAUCGCUACGCUGGUGACUGGAGUGGCUGUGGUGAGAGUUACUUCCCCUCUGAAAUGCUGCUGCCCCCCAGCAGAGAGGAGGCGGACUAUGACGACGUUCCUUCAGAGGAUACAGAGGCUGCUGAGGAGGGUCACAACAGGCAGGAGGACACAGUCGAGGAAGACCAAGAGAAGCUCAUAAGUCCUGUGUCUGAUCCUGCUGAGCAAACUCAGAAAGAAGAGGUGAUGAGGGACGAGGAGGAGGAGGAGCGGGAAGAGGAGGAAGAGACAGGAGAUAGUGAUGGUUUAAACAACAGGAAGCCUUUAGAAGAGGAGGCAGAUGAGGAGAGGAUGUGUAAGCACAUCUUUCCACCUCGCCUGCCUAAAGAGCACACCUACCAGGCUUACAUGAAGAUCCAGGACAUCAGCCCCGUGCUAAGCAACAGAGUGAACCUGAGAGACCUGCAGGAGAGCAUCGACACACUGAUAGGAAACCUGGAGAGAGAGCUCAAUAAGAACAAGCUCAAUGUUGGAUACUGACGCCUACACUGACACAUAUACAGACACACAGUUUGGGGCACUCCUUUACCGUUUAAGGUGCUUCUGAAUAUAGCCACAGUGUUUCCAUGGAGAUCUUGUGAUGUUACCAUGGCAACGUGGCACACGGUGCUGCUGUAAAAAACAAAACUAACAAGAUGAGAUGAGAAGAAAUGAAACUGGGCACUUCUGGCAUUUGACCUUACCAAAUGACAUUCCCUAAUGUUGUUUUUUUUCCUGAUACUUUGUUGACAGUCUUACUUUACUUUGUUGGUUUAUUUCGGUCCAUUUCUUUGUUCUGUGUUGUUAUUGUUGCUUCUCUUCUUAUUAGAAGAACCCAUUGACCCCUCAGGGGUUUAAAAGGUGCCUUAAUUUUGUGAAGGUGGAACGUUAAAAGGAAAAUCCACCCUGAAAUAAAACACAUCGACUCCUAUGAGCUUAAUACUACCAAGAAGAUAUAAUUUAUGAUGUUAUUACGAUUCAGUUUCACUAUAAACCUGAACUUUUUCAUUGUUACAAGGUAAUAAUCCACUCUAUGUAUUAUGGGACUACAAAAUAGUGACACUAAUGCUAGUUGGUUUAUGUGACCACACAAGUACAAUAGAAGGAAAAUAUUGAGUUAAAUAUAAAUUUAAAUAAAUUAUUACCAGCAAAAUUAGUUAUGAAAGUAAUUGAACUAAAAUAAGUGUUUGAAUUGAGCUAACUGGGUACUUGCACCUUCUUUAAGUGGCACAACAAAAGUGAAUUAACUCUGGCCCAGUAAUGAUUGACUGCUUGGGCCAGUUUGGGCUGGAAAUUAGCAUAUUUAACCAUUUUCAGGCUACAGGUAGGUACUUGAAUGUGGGAGAGGUACAGACAUGGUUUGGUUUCAGCACCCAGACUGGGACCAGUGCUCUUCAGUCACAUUUGUCCCAUUAUAAUACUGAAACAAUUUGUUAUUUAACUUUUCUACUCUGAACAGUAAAGCUGCUAUCUUCUAUUUUCUGUUUAAGCAUCUAUAGAAAGUGUUGACUAAAUCAACCAAGAUUGUUGGAGGACAAUGUACACUUUUGUUUUAGGAUGGAUUUCGUUCUUAAGGCAGCAGAAAGCUUUUCUAUUGAGGUAUAAUACUCUAAAUAUUGUACAACAACAAUGCACUUAUAAGGCAGGUAGUGGUUUUAGAUUAUAAUAGUUCAUGGAAUAAAAAUGAUUUUGUUGUGGUCUGAAUUAAAUGAUGAACAGCCACAUCUCAAACCUCUAUAUGAAAGAAUGUUUAAUUACAUUGUGCAAGAGUUUUCAUUGUUUAGAAAUCCAGUUAUGUAUUCACAUCUGGGCAGCAUGUUUUCAUGUGGCAUUUGUUAUUUUGGUUCUUGUCUGUUAAUAUAAGCUGGAAUCAGGCUGCAAUUAGUCUUAUUUUAGCCUGAAAACUAGCCAGAGGGGCAGCUAGUCUGGCUCUGUCCAAAGUUAAAAGAAAAAUCCCUCAACAGAUCCAACUUAGUUGUUCUGUGGAUGAGCUGAUAUGGACAUAAAAUUUAUCUUCUUUACAACAAGAAAGCAUAAGGUAAAGAAAAUAAAGUCACCUUCCUACUUCCCCCACUUUCAUUAUACAGUGAAACAGACAAUGUGAAGCACAUUUUUUCAGCAGUGAAACAAAGAAGAGGCCCCAUCUAGUUAGUAGGACAUUACUAGCUGCCUAAAGCAGCAAAGGACAUUUUCAGCAAUCCAGGGAUUCAGAUUGAUCAGUAUUUAACUUCUAUGUAUAUGUACAUAAUUAUAUAAUGUAUUCGGAGUAUAUUAUUUUUACAGCUUAUAUUUCAGUGGCAUAUUUAAAUACUUCCAAUGACCUCGUAGUGUCAGCCUGUAGCAAUAGUUGCUUAUUUCCCCUUGAGUUGCCUGUACACAUGGUAAUGUGCUGGACUAAUGGUACAACUUUAGCUGUAAAAUUGUGCUCUUGCAGAAAAAAUUAUAUUAUUAUUUUUGUUAUUUUGUGUAUAUAUUUGACAUUGUGUUGUGUCUUUGGUGGACUAAGCUGUGUUCAUUGCUUUUGCUCUUUUUUGUUUUGUUUUUUUUAAGGUACUGAACGUUGCAUGGUCAAAAGCUUUAAUGAAAAACAAGGCUCUGUCUCAUCUGCCUUUGUGCUUCAUAUUUAUGUGUAAAAUAAGAGUAUUUUGUAUGUUCAUUUGCUCCAACCCUAUGUUCCUUCAAUAAACAGACGACUGCAUUGUAAUUAUUUUUUCUUCCAAGGGACCUCGAGGCAGUGACUGGAUCUUUGAAAUGUACAAGAUGACUGAAACAUAGAAGCAGUUUUACAUGGUCAAAUAUUUCGUGACACCUCAGGUGUCUUCUUUAAAUUUACAUGCAUUCAUCCAUUUAGUUGAAUAUUAAGUUAAUUAUUAUGAUGUAGAAGAAAAAGUUUUCAAUUUUAAAAGCUUAUACUUUUUAUUUUUAUCUGAAAAAUAACUUUAAAAGUGUUCUGAAUAUAUAAAUAAAAAAAGCUGUUGCAAAAUUUGCUGUGAAUCUGCUGCUUGGUGCAAACAUUUAUUUUAUACAAUCAUUACAAAAUAUGGACUGGAAUUCUGACUUCACCUCUGUAUAAACAUGAAAAAAUCAGCCCCUACGCUCUUAACAAUAAAGAAGUGCAAAAGAAAAAGUC